AUGCCGACAGGGUGGAGCCCCAGCCUGAAGAUGGGCCAGGAGGCCCUGCCCAUGGUGGUCUUUCUUAUUGUUGCUGUGAACGCCUGGGCAGGCGUAGGAAGUAAAUUAUCACCUUCCGAGCAGCUGACCCAGAGGAGGGACCAGGGAGAAGCCUACCACGUGGUCAGCGCUUCUUUUCUUGAUGGAAACUUCUGGAACCCCAUCGAGACCAUGGAUGCAAAGAAGCAUCCAGAUUUCUUGAAUGUCCGGAUCCAACUGGAAGACGAAGAACUGAUCAUAAAUCUGGAAAGAAAUGAAGGUCUCAUUGCCAGCGGCUUCACGGAAACCCAUUAUCAGCAGGAUGGCACUGAUGUCUCCCUCACCCGAAAUUACACGGGUCACUGUUACUACCAUGGACAUGUGCACGGCUAUCCGGGGUCAAUGGUCAGCCUCAGCACUUGCUCUGGUCUCAGGGGACUUCUUAUGUUUGAAAAUCAAACCUACGCCUUAGAACCCAUGGCGAAUGCAACCCAUAGAUACAUGCUCUUCCAAGCAGAGAGUCUGAAGGGCAUCCUGGGAUCCUGCGGGUCACACCAGAACACCUCGGGCCUCGUGGUGGACCAGGCUCUCCGGCCGCCCUCCAAGACACGGGUGAGAAGGCAUAAAAGAGAGACCCUCAAGACCACCAAGUACGUAGAACUGGUCAUUGUUGCAGACAACCGAGAGUUUCAGAGACAAGGAAAAGAUCUGGACAGAGUGAAACAGCGGUUAAUAGAGAUUGCUAAUCACGUUGACAAGUUUUACAGAGCCCUGAACAUCCGCAUCGUGCUGGUGGGCGUGGAGGUGUGGAACGACGUUGACAAGUGCUCCAUAAGUCAGGACCCGUUCACCAGCCUCCACGAGUUCCUGGACUGGAGGAAGAUGAGGCUUCUGCCUCGCAAAUCCCACGACAAUGCCCAGCUCAUCAGUGGGGUGUAUUUCCAGGGGACCACCAUCGGCAUGGCGCCCAUCAUGAGCAUGUGCACGGCGGAGCAGUCGGGAGGCGUCGUCAUGGACCAUUCGGACAGCCCCCUGGGUGCAGCUGUUACCCUGGCCCACGAGCUGGGCCACAACUUCGGGAUGAACCAUGACACGCUGGAGAGGGGCUGUGACUGCAGGAUGACUGCGGGCAGAGGCGGCUGCAUCAUGAACCCGUCCACCGGGUACCCUUUCCCCAUGGUGUUCAGCAGCUGCAGCCGGCGGGACCUGGAGAGCAGCCUGGACAAAGGGAUGGGAAUGUGUCUCUUCAACCUUCCAGAAGUCAAGCAGCCCUUUGGGGGGCAGAAGUGUGGCAACGGAUACGUGGAAGAAGGCGAGGAGUGUGACUGUGGGGAACUGGAGGAGUGUACGAAUCGCUGCUGCAAUGCCACCACCUGCACCCUGAGGCCAGAUGCUGUGUGCGCGCAUGGGCUGUGCUGUGAGGACUGCCAGCUGAAGCCCCCAGGAACGGCCUGCCGACCUUCCAGCAAUGCCUGUGACCUGCCUGAGUUCUGCACAGGGGCCAGUCCUCACUGCCCAGCCAACGUCUACCUGCACGAUGGCCAUCAGUGCCAGGGGCUGGAUGGCUAUUGCUACAGCGGCGUCUGCCAGACCCACGAGCAGCAGUGUGUCACGCUGUGGGGGCCAGGUGCGAAACCCGCCCCAGGGAUCUGCUUUGAGAGAGUCAACUCCGCAGGUGACCCCUAUGGCAACUGUGGCAAAGAUCCCAAGGGCUCCUUCACCAAGUGCGAGAUGAGAGAUGCCAAGUGUGGAAAAAUCCAGUGCCAAGGAGGUGCCAGCCGGCCGGUCAUUGGUACCAACGCCGUUUCCAUAGAAACCAACAUCCCACUGCAGGAAGGAGGCCGGAUCCUGUGCCGAGGGACCCAUGUGUACUUAGGAGACGACAUGCCAGACCCGGGGCUUGUGCUCACAGGCACGAAAUGUGCAGAUGGAAAAAUCUGCCUCAACCGUCGUUGCCAGAACAUCAGCGUCUUCGGUGUCCACGAAUGCACAGCCCAGUGCCACGGAAGAGGGGUGUGCAACAACAAGAAGCACUGCCACUGUGCGGCCCACUGGGCGCCUCCCUUCUGUGACAAGGUCGGCUUUGGUGGGAGCACGGACAGCGGCCCCAUCCGACAAGCAGGUAGCCAGAGUCUGACGCUGGGCCUCCUGGUGGCCACACUGUGCCUCCUCGCUGUGGGGUCCAUGGUGUAUCUCAAGAGGAAGACCCUGACUCUGCUGCUGUUUACGCAUAAGAAAACCACCAUGGAGAAACUAAGGUGCAUGCAUGCUGCCCGGCCAGCCUGUGGCCCCCAGCCUGUGCGGUCUCCCCUCUGCCCAGUCAGCCCGGCAAGGACACCCCCACCGCCCAGCACUGCCAAGGACCAUCUCAGAAGACAGCCACCGUGUCACAACAUUGGCAUCAGCAGACCCCUCAGAGCCGUCGCUGUCCCUCAGCCCACCUCACCUCAGCGAGUGCUCCCGCCCCUCCACCGGGCCCCCAGCGUGCCCGCCAGGCCCCUGCCCACCACCCCGGUGCUCAGGCAGACGCAGGGAACUCGGAAGCCACACCCCCCGCAGAAGCCUCUGCCAGCUGACCCCUUGAGCAAGAUGACUCGACUCCCCACUGCCUCUGGGAGGACCCCAGGACUGCCGGAGUCUGGCCUUCCCCUGGCUCCUCUCAGGUGA